AUGGAAAACUUGCUCUUCCAGGCAGAAGGAAUCGGAACCGGGAACGACACCGAUUCUGAACCCGGCGAUGAGCGCAACUCAACAACCGAGCUCUGGGAGCACAGCGCUGCGGCACUGGCGCGCAACCCCUGCGGCUGUCCUGCAGAAGAAAGCCAAGCACGAUGUUGCCGCGACCUAGACGCUAGGCAAAACUCCCAUAGUCAUCCGGAACAACGAGCGAUCGUCUGUACGCACGAGGCGGUGUUCAGCCUCGACGAACGCGGCUCAGUAGCGGCUCCGUCGCUGGAUACCCGACACUUACUUGCUGAGCCACCGGCACUCGCAACCUCGCUUGGCACCCAUUAUCGGCAAAUUGGGCUUGCCGUUCCGCCAAAUGGGGAACUGCAGUGCUUCACGCCUCGAGGAGAGGCGCUUUCAGCCUACUGGCGAACGAGUCAACUCGGGGGGCCUGUCACGAGUACCUGCGUCGGCGAACUGGAUCCGCUCGAGCACGUCGCUAACCAGACCGUGCUGGACGCGACAUCGAGCCGGGGGCUCACUACACCCGCAGAGCACCAUGAAAAGGGCAUUGCAGAGCCAGUGACGACGCAACCCGUUUUCCGAAUCGUUCUCACAGGUGGUCCGUGCGCCGGCAAGACCACUGCAAUGGCCCUGUUGGCUGAAAGGUUCCGUUCCCGCGGUUUCCGGGUAUUCCUCGUACCAGAGGCUGCAACGCUGCUCUUUACGGGCGGUGCCGGCCAGGCGAAUAUCACUGGAGACUCAGAGUGUCGGAUCCUGUUCCAGAGCAUUCUAGCUCGCCUCCAGAUCACACUGGAGGACGGUUUCUUCGCGCUGGCACAACAGUGUCGAGCGCCGUCUAUCGUUCUCUGUGAUCGCGGCUUCCUCGAUGGUCGUGCCUACAUGUCUGGAGACGAGUAUACCGAAAUGCUUGGUCAAAACGCAUGGAAUCUGAUCGAGAUGCGCGAUCAGCGGUACGACGCUGUCUUGCACCUGGUGACUGCAGCGGAUGGAGCGGAAUCGUUUUACACCUGCGAGGGCCACGCUGCGCGUUCGGAAAGCCUCCGUGAAGCACGACAAGUGGACGCUCGAACCCGGGAAGCUUGGUCGGGUCAUCCGCGCCUGUACGUUAUCGAAAAUCGCAAUCGCUGGCUGGCAGAGCAUUCAUCGACGUGCUCUCUGGACGAGGCCCCAGCCGCUGCACCACCGAAUGACCAAGAAUUCCUACCGCUGGGGCACUGCACACCGUCUCCAGGUUUCGCGGAGAAAAUGGAACGUCUCUUCUCCAUCGUUUGCCGGCUUGUUGGCUUGCCAACUCCGGCCCAUAUGCUGGAUCGCAAGUUCCUUCUCACGCCCGACGCGAACAUGGUGAAUCAUUUGCGAGCAGAUCCACAUGUUCGUGGCCUGCAGACGUUUCGCGUUGAGCAGACAUUCCUCAUUCGCGCGCAGGCCUCUAGUAGCAAUGACAAGUCGGAUCCCAAGAACCAAUCCCAGGCACCAGUGUUUUGGGCCAGUCAGCAAGAGCAUGUGCGGCGGCGAGGUCGAGACGGUUUCCAUAGCUACACGCACUGCAUCCGCCGCCGCUAUGCAGAAUGGAGUCACCAGCAAUCGAAUCCAAUCUCAGAGCGCAAAGCACAGCCGUGGGUUGAACUGCGCCGCAACAUCAGCCUCCAAGAGUAUCAUUUGUUGCUGGGGUACGCAGACCCACGUCAUCGGACGCUUUUAGUAUGGCGUUCCUGUUUCUUCUAUCACAAUGCUUACUUUGUUCUAGACCAGAUAGAGAACGCAAACGUUGGGCCGGUGGCGCUUCUUCGAACGAGCGCUUCGUCAACGUCGCGCUCGGGGUCGACGGACGCGCCGACGCCUGCGGGACUCCCGCUCAGCAACUGCGUUCGCUGUGAAGUGACCGCUGAUGCGAGGUACGCAUUCUACGCCCUGUCUCGACGCUGUCCAUGUAGUUAG